UGGCCACUGGCACAACUCACCCGUCCGUGGCAUCCUCCAGAAUGGCUUCUGGAUUCCAGGGUGGAGUGGUGACACCUCAUAUUCCAAGGCUGGCCAGAGAGGCAGAGAAGCCUGUGACUCUGACUCCCUCUGCCUUCCAGAAGGAGAUGUCUCUCACCACCAAGCAGAGGCUGGCCAGCACUCGGGAGAUGAGUCUGCCCCGGAUUGUCCAGCGUCACGAUAUGAGUGAGACCUCUGAUCACAAGCUCUCGGUAGUUGACCCAGAGCAGACCCUGUUCCAUCCCUUCCCAUCAGAGGUGGUGUUUCAGAACUACGUCCCACACAAGGUCUGUGAAAUGCCGCUGGUUCUGAGGAACAGGGACAUGGUUCCUCGGCUGGUGAGGGUCACUAUGGAGAGCUCACCCUACUUCAAGCUGGUUGGCCCCAGUGGCGUGUGCCGUAAGGUCCCACCGGGCAUGUGCUCGACUGUACGCAUCGUCUUCACCCCCGGGGAGAACAAGGAUUAUUUCCACUGUCUCUUCUGCACCACUGAAAGGGAAGAGUUCGUUGUGCCAAUUCGGGCCAUCGGUGCCCGGGCUGUCCUGGACUUCCCUGACCAGCUGGACUUCUCUGUCUGUCCGGUCAAGUACAGCACCCAGAAGACUCUGAUGGUUCACAACCUUGGGAACAGGGAAGCCCGUUACCAAAUCAGCACCCAGAGCCCCUUCUCUGUCGUUCCGACCAUGGGAACUCUUGGCAUUGGUGACACCCUGCAAGUGACAGUGGAAUUUCACCCCCUGCAGACGGGGGAUCACUGUGCAUCCCUGGUAGUGCACUAUGGCACAGGUGAAGAUACCCACACGAGCCUUCAUGGGUCAGCUGUGAAUGUCCACAUCAGGCUGGACAGGAAUUCCGUGACAGUUGAGCAGACUUACAUCACACUGUCAAACCAGAGCACCCUGAGGAUCCACAACCACAGCAGCGUCACAGCCCGCUUCCAGUGGAAGGCCUUUGCUACUCAGGAGGAGGAGGAGCAGCUGAAGCAGAGGCUCUGCCACAGGCUGUGUGAGCAGGAAAAUGCCCAGGUGGAUAAUUUCCUGGAGUGGAGCAGAGCGGACACCACGCGUGGAGAGCGCCUUUCCCUUCUCUCCCACAUCUUCCAGAGUGAGAGGGCAAAGGUGCAAGGGGAUCCCAUGCUGUUCUUUGAUGACAUUUUCACUCUUAAACCGGUGGAGGGAGAGAUCUGGCCUAAUUCUUCAGCAGAAAUCAGUGUGAUCUUCAGACCCCGAGAAGCCCGAGUGUACAAACACGCCGUCUACUGCGACAUCUCGGGCCGUGAGACCAGGCUGCCCCUGCGCCUCAUAGGGGAAGGCCUUGGGCCCCGGCUCCACUUCCAGUUUGAGGAACUGGACAUUGGGAAGGUUUCUGUCAUAUCACUCCACAGAUAUGAGGCAAUCCUGGUUAACAAAGGGCCUAUUGAGGGUCUCUUCAGCCUCAUCCCUCCAACUACAGCCGUGGGCUCCUGCUUCACCUUCCUGCCCCAGCAGGGCAUCAUUGCACCUGAUGGGCUCCAGGCCAUCAGCAUCUCCUUCCGUACCACCAUCCCGGGGGAGUUCAAGGAAGAAUUCCAGUUCAGUGUUAACGAAUCCCCCAAACCCGUCACCUUGACCAUCAGGGGCUACGUCAUCGGACCGACUUUCCAUUUCAAUGUCCGUGCCCUCCACUUCGGUGACGUCGCCUUUGGCUUUCCUCGCAGCCUGUCCUGUCGCCUGACCAACACCUCGCUGAUGCCCAUGGCCUUCACCCUCCGCAUCCCCCAGGAUGGCUCUGGAGAGCCCAGCCUGGCCAGCGCUGACCAGGUGUCCGGCAACGCUCGCCCAUCCCGGAGGAAGGGAGCUCAGGCUCUCCUGGAGCCCAUGGAAUUCACCAUAACGCCCUGCAGAGGGACCAUCUGCUCCCAGGCAUUCCAGGAUAUCCAGGUCCCUUACCAGAAGAUGCUGAAGCUCGUGAAUGACAGCGACUUUCCUGGCUGCUACAGGAUUCUUCCUCAGGAACGCAGGGAGGAUGCUGCUGUGUGGUACUUCACCCCUCAGCCGCGUGGGAUUAUCAAGGCUCACAGCUCAGUGGAGAUCCCAUUUAUACUUGAAACCAAAUCGCUGGGAGAUCACAACAUCACUGCUGAUGUCGCCGUGUUUGGGAGUGAAGAACCCCCCCUGCAAAUCCAUUUAGAGAGCACCGGACAGGGACCGGUUGUCUUUGUGUAUCCAACCGAGAUAAACUUCGGCACUAUCCCGGUCGUGAAAGAUAUUUCCCAGACUCUCCACCUGUCCAAUCAGAGUGUCAUCCCUGCAGUCUUCUGGGUGGAGAUGGCUGGCACGUGCUCACGCUGGAGGACUGAACCCAGUAAGGGAGUGAUCCCCCCCGAGGCCGAGGUGUCUGUGAUUGUCACAGCAAACCUCGACGACACGGGGAGAUUUGAGGACAAGGUGAAGCUGUUCAUCGAGAACAGCGACGUGAACAUCAUCCCCGUGCAGGCUGUGGGCACUGGCACCACAAUUGUCACCGACAGACCGUUCUGUCCGGAGCUCAACUUUAAGCCCCACUUCAGCCUCAGUCCCUGCUGUUACCGCUUCAAAAUGACAAACAAAGGGCGCCACACCCACCAGCUGUUCUGGAGCACAGAAGGUUUCAGCAUCUCCCAGCAGCGUCGUGCCCUGGGCACCACCAAGGGCAAAGACCCUUCCCAGCCCCCCAGACCUGCCAGCCCCGUGUUUAAGCUGCAGCCGCCGCAGAUGGAGCUGGGGCCGGGCCAGACGAAGGACGUGGUGCUGGAAGGCUUCUCCAGCACUCCCCAGAAGGUGAAGGAGAGGCUGCUGUGUCACGCCAUCGUGGGGAGAGAGAAAAGGAAGAAGCAGAUAAUGCAAGUGGAUGUCAGAUGCGAGUUCAUUUUUCCCCUCGUGCAAAUAUCUUCCAGAGCAAUCGUGUUCCGUGUGGAGAAGCGGCCCAGUGAUGUCCUGACCCUCCUACACAAGCCCCUGUCUUUAAAAAACGUCUCCUCCCUGCCACUCAGCAUUGUGCUGGACUUGAAGAAGCCAUUCCUAAUCUGUGGUGAGGACCAGCAGCCCCUCCCUAAAGAUGCUCAGCCCAUAAAACUGGAGGUAGAGGAGGAACUUCACCUCCGCAUCCGGUUCAACCCGGCGUACAAAAAGGAUCUGAACAGCCGGGUGGCGGAGAAGACGCUGAACGUGUGGUUCGUGGAGCACCCCCACGAGGAGCAGGUCACCGUUCGGGGGGAGGUCUACUUCCCAAACCUCCAUAUCCAGACCGAGGCCCUGGACUUUGGCUGCGUCCUGAACGACACGGAACAAGUGCGCUGUGUGGCGAUGACCAACUGCAGCCCAAUCCCCGUCCGCUACCGCUGGUCCUUCCAGACCGACAGCCAGGUCAACACCAUAAGGUUCAACCCUCCACCACCUAAAUUCAAACCCAAACCACCAAAGAAGGAGAGAGACUCUUUGAAGUACUCAGCGUUGUCAAGGAGGCAGUCCAGUGCUGGAAGUGUGGAGGAGCCAACCAAAGCCCCUGAAGCAGUGCAGGAUCCUGCCCAACAGCCAGAAGGUUCAGAAGACUCUCUGGGAGCAGUGCAGGGUUCUGCCCAAGAAUCAUCAGGUUCAGAGGACACUCUGGGAGCAGUGCAGGAUCCUGCCCAACAGCCAGCAGGUUCAGAGGACUCUCUUGGAACAGUGCAGGGUCCUGCCCAAGAAUCAGUAGGUUCAGAGGACUCUCUGGGAACAGCGCAGGGUCCUGUCAAAGAGCCAGCAGGUUCAGAGGAUGCCCUGGAAGCAGAGCAGGAUCCUGCCCAAGAGCCAGCAGGUUCAGAGGAUGCCCUGAGAGCAGCGCAGGGUCCUGCCCAACAGUCAGCAGGUUCAGAGGACUCCUUGGAAUCAAAGGAAGAGCAGCCCAUGGUGCUUUUUUUCCAGCUGCUGCCAGCAGAGCCUCAGAGCCUGGAGACCAUGCAGAGGUGGAGGCAGUUCCUGGAGGUGGAGCACCUUGCCUUGGGAAUGGAAGAGGUUUUCGAUGUGCAGCCGGUGUCGGGUGUGCUGCAGCCUGGGGAGACCCAGCAGGUGCCCUUCACCUUCUUUGGCCACGCCAACAUCGUGGCCCGUGCCACGGCGCUGUGCCACGUGGAGGGGGGCCCGACCUAUGAGGUGGAGCUGAGCGGGGAGGCUUCGAGCCUCAGCUACCACCUGGACAUCCACGACAUCGACUUUGGGCUGCAGCUGUUUAACAAAGUUCUCCAGGCAGAGGUCACUCUGCAGAACACCGGGAUCAUUGGAUUCACCUACAAGGUGCUGAACCCCAGCACUGCCAAGGCAGACAGCCCUCUGCCUCGGGAGCCCGUGGUCGUGCCCAGCACGGCUUACCUUGAUCCUGGAAAGGAGCAAGUGCUGAAAGUCUCUUACCUGCCAGGAGCAGUAGGAGUCUUCCGCAGGACUCUCCAGAUCCAAGUGGGUCACCUGGCACCAGCGGAAAUCCUCCUGAAAGGAGAGGGGACCUUUCUUAGGAUCUCUUUGGACCUGCCCUGGGAUAUCAAAGGAAAUAAAAACUUUGAGAAGAUACUGAAGAAGAUAAAAGAAAAUAUGGAAGAAGAUAGGCAGAGCGAUGCAGCAGAUGUUCUGUCAGAGCCUACAACUUUGGAGCCAUCCAUGGAUGACCCUGGCCUCAAGAAGAAGAAGCAUCUGCUUGACUUGAGGGCUUAG